AUGGAGCGCACAGACAUGGCAGACAUCACCAAGACCUACUUCAGCGAGCCGGGCUCCUACUUCUGGGUGGCUGAGUCUGGGGAGAAGGUGUUGGGCAUGGUGGGGUGUCUCCCAACAAAGAACCCUGGCUUGCGGGGGAAACAAGUGGAGCUGUUACACAUGUUUGUGGCCUUGGAGCAUCAAGGCCAGGGGGUAGCCAAGACCCUGAUCAGGACCCUCUUCCAGUUUGCCCGUGACCAGGGCUACAGCGAGGUGAUCCUGUCCACCAGCGUUCUGCAGCGUCCAGCCCUGGGCCUGUACCAGCGCCUCGGUUUCCGCAGGAUGCACGAGUUCUGGUUCUCUACCAUCUGGAGGAUUUUGGACAUUCCCAGUAUCUACUUCAUCUACCACCUUCCCUCCGCCUAG